AUGGGCAUGUGUGGUGGACGGUCAAAAGCCGUCGAGGUGCGACCGGAACAGAAGUGGGAUUACAUAAAUCUUAACGACUUCAAGUCCAAUUCGGGCUUCGCGGUUGCCGCCUACAUCUAUCUUUACAUCUCAAUCCUCAUCUCACUUGCCGUCUAUGGUGUCGAUAGCUUCACUGCUGUCUCCCUGCUCGCUUUUGGCAAGUGGACGUCGAGUAUCGAUCCAAACACAAUCAUCGAUUUCGACAUUCAAAAAUGGAUCUUCUCCAUUUGCAUCAUUGCCUCAUUUGUCAACCUAGGCUUUGAGCACAUCCGUGCCUGGCGUGUCAUGAGGCGAGGCAGUGUUGCAGAAUCCUACCUGGACAACCUGGCUGUCAAAAUGGAGAGUACACGCAUGGGCAGUGGCCAGGGUUGGCGCCGAUUUCUGGUUUUUGCCGAACUUACAAAAUCCAAAAAGGGUGCCGAGUACGUUGCUCUGUUCACGUACUUCAGUUUCCAGUCAUGGAUUCGUGUCAUCUUCUGCUCGGGGCCUCGUCAAUUUGUCAACGCGCUGACACUCUAUGCUGUCUUCGAAUCCGAGCUGAUUCCGACUGAUGGCGGCUCAGCCGACCGUACCAUAAUGAAUUUCUUCGAAAAGAUUGGUGCACUUGCCAAUGAGAGUUACCAGCAAGCCGCAGUCUUAUCUGGCAUGAUGUUUACCCUGGUGGUCUGGGUAUUUUCUGCCCUUUCUCUGCUUUUGGCUGCCCUUUUCUACGUCUUUUUCCUCUGGCACUAUAUUCCCAAGCAGGAUGGUGGACUAUCUGGAUAUUGCGCGCGCAAGAUUAACAAGCGGUUGAUGAAGGUUGUCUCGGUCAAGGUCAACAAGGCUAUCAAGAAGGAAGAACAACAGCGUGCCAAGGCUGAGCUCAAAGCGGCUAAGAAGGCUGGACUUGAUAAGCCACCGCUGAGACAACAGGCAACGUUGCCCACGAUUCCCAAUCUCGAGAAUCUCGACUCCAAGAAGGAUGAUUAUAUGCCAGGCAUGCCAACGCUCAGUCGCAACGAUACAAUGGCUACAUUGCCGGUCUACACAUCCCGACCUGCAUCUCCUGGCAGUAUCGAGAUGAAUGCUCUGGAGAAACGGCCGAUGCCUUCGCGUGCUGGAACAAGCAAUACUAUGGCCUCGCAAAGUAGUUAUUCGUCACGCGCACCGUUAAUGGCCAAUUCUGCUGGUAUGGGCUAUCAACCAGCUCCAUCCCCUGUCCCCACGUUGCCGCCGCUCGACAUGAACAAUUAUCCUCCAGCUCGACCGGGUACAGCACAAUCAAACAGGAACUACGGUCCGGGCCCUGGGCUGCAGAGAGUUCAGACUGGUGGCAGCUCCAACUUCGGCGCACCCUAUGCCGAGAGCCCUUCAGUCUACCAUCCCCAGCCAAUGCCUGCUAUGCCACCGCCAAUCAGGUCACUGACAUCCAACAUGGACAAUUAUGGCCGUCCUGGCCCGCGGGAUCAAUUCGGCCCUCGACCUGGCCCUCCUGGCAGAGCAACUUUCGACGAUGGAAUGUACGGUCGUGCUAGUCCUGCUCCCUCAAUGUUCUCGAAUGGUCCCGGUCCCCGACCUGGUCCACAAGGAAGACCUCCUAUGCCAAUGUUUGAUGAGGGCAUGCGCGCCAGCCCCGCUCCAUCGGCUUUCAACGGACCAGGUCCACGGCCCGGCCCUCCUGGACGGCCUACUCUGCCAAUGUUGGACGACGGCAUGGGUGGCCGUGCUAGUCCUGCUCCCUCCAUGUUCUCCAACGCCCCUGGCCCUCGCUCUGGCCCCCAGGGCGUGCCGACUUUGCCAAUGUUCGACGACGAUGGGAUGGGCACCCCACGACCUGGACCAGCACGUGCACCAACUCUUCCAAACGUGGAGAUGGAGGGAAUGGGUGCUCCACGACCUGGUCCCACGGGCAUACCAACUCUCCCCAACCUCGACGGCGAUUUCGGUGGCCGCUCGAGUCCUGCUCCGUCUGCCUUUUCGAAUGCACCCGGCCCCAGGACCACUGGUCCUUCAGGCGUGCCGACUCUGCCAAUGUUCGAUGAGGAUUUCGGCGGCCGCGCUAGCCCUGCUCCGUCUACUUUCUCGAAUGCACCCGGCCCUCUAGCAAGACCAACACUCCCCAACUUGAGUGACAGUGUCAACGGUCGCUCUAGCCCUGCUCCAUCCAACUUUUCGGCUUUCCGUCCUGGUCCUUCGGGCAGGACGCUAUCCGGUGACAGCACGGGUGGGCGUGCUAGUCCAGCUCCAUCCAUCCUGUCGAAUGGUCCUGGGCGUGCAGUCAAUGAUGGCAGAACCGGCCGGGCCAGUCCCGCACCCUCACAAUUCUCGGCCCGCGGACCGGCAGCGAACAGAGCCGAUUUCAACGGCCCGCCAAUGUCGCCCGUGAGAAGUGCCACUGGACCCAUAUAUUCACCGAACCGACCACAGUUUCCUCUGCAAAGGAACAUGACGGCACCAGUGCCCCCGAGCCCAAGGGAAGACGAUUAUAUGACCCGCCCAGGCACCUCGGCUAGUACGAGAACCAUGCCCUUCCAGGCAUCUCGUUCCGGCCCUGGUUACAGCUACGACGAGGACGUGGAAUCUCAGCGUGGAUCACAGCCAUGGAGGUAA